UCGAGGAGAUGGGAAUUGUAUUCUUGCAUGCGCUCCCCUCGCCGGACGGACCAGCCUCGUCACCGCAGGACCCACGCAUUUCUCACCUCUUGGACGAGUAUGGAGACGUCUUCGAGGCUCCCACCGGAACGGUUCCAGAUCGGCCCAUACGUCACGGGAUCACUCUCGAGGCUGGCCAUCCCUCCGCGUGGAUGUAUCUACCGCAUGAGCGAAGAGGAACUCAAAGUGCUUCGCGCACAACUCGAUGACCUUCUCGACAAGGGCUGGAUUCGCCCUAGUUGUUCGCCUUACGGUGCCCCUGUUCUCUUCGUCCGAAAGAAGAACAAAGAUCUACGGUUAUGCAUCGACUAUCGCAAACUUAACGCACAAACCGUAAAGAACGCCGGCCCUCUCCCUCGAAUUGAUGAUCUCCUUGAGCGGUUAGGCAGCGCGACAUACUUCUCGAAGUUGGACUGGAAGUCGGGUUACCACCAGAUUGAAAUCCAGCCUCAAGAUCGGUACAAAACCGCGUUCAAGACGCGAUACGGGCAUUUUGAGUGGGUUGUCAUGCCAUUUGGCCUCACCAAUGCCCCCGUGACUUUCCAAGCAGCUAUGCCGACUGAGUUUCACGACUUGCUCGAUCGUAGCGUCCUCAUUCACCUCGACGACAUCUUGGUUUAUAGUAGGACGUUGGACGAGCACAUCGCACACCUUCGCGCUGUUUUGGAUCAUUUGCGACUGGCCAAGUACAAAGCGAACCUCGACAAGUGCGAGUUUGCCAAGCAGGAGCUUGAGUACUUGGGUCACUGCAUUCGUCCCUUAGCGGACAAGAUCCAAGCCAUCGUGGAUUGGCCGGAACCCCGUUGCACGACGGACGUACGCUCUUUCAUGGGUUUGGCUGGAUAUUAUCAGCGAUUCGUCGAGUCGUACUCGAAAGUGUCCGCUCCUUUGUCGAGACUUCAGUCCCCAAAGCGUUUUCACUGGCCCGACGUCCUUCACGACGUCACGAGGUACAUCGAAUCAUGUGCAGUUUGCCACCGUAACAAGGGUCGAUCUCGAGUCCCCUUCGGCGAAUUGAAACCGUUGCCGAUUCCGCGGGCACCGCACCUCUCCAUUGCUAUGGACGUGACAGGCCCGUUCCCCCGUGAUCGCCUCGGCCAUGACGGUAUUCUCAUGGUCAUUGACCGUUUGAGCAAGUAUGCUCGCUUUCUUCCUUCCAAGUAUCAUGCUGCAGCACCUGAGCUCGCACGACUCUUGCACACCGGUUGGAUUACCAACCAGGGCGUUUCGGAAGACAUAGUGAGCGACCGAGAUAGUCACUUCAUGUCGGCCUUUUGGACUUCCCUUAUGACCGAGUCCGGCACAACAAUGAAGCCGAGCUCGGCUCGGCACCCGCAGACGGAUGGCCAGAUGGAGCGAGCACACCAGACCGCUCAGAUGAUGUCGAGUACGCUCAUCCGUCCCAACCAGAAAGAUUGGGUUAACCGGCUUCCCGACAUUGAGUUCGCCUACAACACUUCGGUGCACCCGACGAUCUGCGUCACACCAUUCGAGCUACAUCAUGGUGGAGAGAAAGCACGGAUCUUCGCUGAUCUCCAUUUGCCACAGGCCGCCGACAUAGACGUCCCUUGCUCUCCCGCUUUCGUUCGGAAGUACUGGGACUUGCUGAUCAAAGCCCGCACGAAUAUGCAAAAGGCUCAAAUCCGCAUGCAGCAGCAAGCUAACCGACGUCGACUUCCAUGUCCUUUCCGCGAGGGAGACCUUGUUUGGGUCCUCUCCGAGGAAUUUGCGCUCGAGCAGGACGUUUCGCGCAAACUCCUUCCGAAAUGGUUCGGACCAUAGGAAGUUACUUCUGCCGUUGGAAACGACCCCGCAGGUCCUUCCUUUGUGGUCAACAUUCCUCCGCACCUUCCAGUGCACCGGGUCUUCCACGCGUCAAAGCUGGCCAUCUACACGCCACCUUCCGCUGACGAAUUUCCCGGUCGACGAUCACAGGAUCCGCCAUCUAUGGACAAACAUCAGGAAGUGGACCGAGUCAUCACACACUGCAAGUAUGGCAACAAGCCAAUGCAGUUCAAAGUCACAUUCAAGCAAUGUGCGCCUGACGACACUCGGUGGAUCUCUAGUGCAGACUUGCAGAUUUCUGCACCCCUUAUCUUCGCCGACUAUGAGAAGCGACGCCUUGCCAAGGAAGCAGCUCGUCCCGCUCGACCCAAACCGGUAUCGAACAAACAACUUCGCCCUCG